UUCAAUGUAUGGAGAAAUGAAAAUAACAAACCACAUAUGUUGAUUUCAACAUAGUUAGCAUAAAUUUGCUCCACAAGGACCUCUCUCAAUCAUGAUUCAACCAAUACUUCCAAAUUUUGAACCAUCCUCCACCAAGGGAAACACAAGGGGAAGCAGAAGGAAGAAAGAAGCAACCGUCGUGUUCUUGGAGAUAUCGGUAAUCUUGAGGGGAAUCAGGUUUCAAGACCCAUCACAAGGAAUUUCCAUAAAAAAUUAUUGGAAAAAGCAGAAGCUGCAGCUAACUCGGCACCAGAAUUAGAAGUUCCGGCUAAUUAUGACCAAGGAGCUACACUAAGGAAUCAAAAUGUUGGUGAUGAUUGUGCUCAAAAGCCAAAUCCUGAGGCUGUACAUGUCGACAGUUCUGAAGCAGGAGAAAAACUUGAUUUAGUUCCUAAAAAAGAGGGCAGCGGAAGAUCUUCUAGGGAGGACCCGAUUCUGAAUUCGCCACUUACUACAUUAAGCAAGGUGCUUCAAUUCUGUCCACAACAUGCCUAGUGUCGUUGAUAUUUCAAAUGAUUUUCCAAGUACUGGUGGACGCUGUAGAACUAACCAAUGAUGCAUACUUAUCGAAUAAUUCUUGUGAUUGACUCAAUCUAGUUUGACAUGCCUAAUGUAUAUUUUCACAAUGUUGGUGAUGAUUGUGCUCGAAAGCCAAAUCCCGAGGCUGUAGAUGUCGAUAGUUCUGAAGCAGGAGAAAAACUUGAUUCAGUUCCUAAAAAAGAGGGCAGCGGAAAAUCUGCUAGGGAGGACCAGAUUCCGAAUUCGCCACCUACUACAAAAAGCAAGAUUGCUCGCAGAAUCUUGAUUGAGCCCGAGGAUCAGCCUGUUGACAUGGAUGCAGAUGAUGAUACCAAUAAUUUAGCAGCAGAUGAAUAUCUUGAUGAACUAUACAAUUUCUACAAGCUAACAGAAGAAGAAAAUCGAGCUUCGGACUACAUGGAAUCACAGAGGGAAAUCAAUACUAAGAUGAGGACUAUUGUCGUGGACUGGUUGGUUGAAGUUCAUCGUCAUUUUAAAUUGAAGACAGAGACACUCUUUCUUAACAUUAACAUAAUUGAUAGAUACCUCUCAUUGAUUAAUGUACCAAAAAAAGAGCUACAGUUAGUGGCAAUAUGUUCAAUGUCCUUAGCUUGCAAAUAUGAAGAAGUGUCAUAUCCUAAGGUAAAUGAUUUGUUGGAGAUAUCAGAUAAAUUUUAUAACAGACGCCAGUUUAUUUCAAGGGAGAGAGAUAUUGUUGAAAAGCUUCAAUGGAAUUUUACAGUAACUACACCCUAUGUAUUUUUAGUUCGACUUAUUAGAGCAUCUAUUGUUCAAGAUAAAGAGAUGGAGAACAUGGCAUUUUACCUAGCAGAACUUGGACUUGGAAAUUAUUAUGUCAUGGUAUUAUUCUCGCCUUCACAGAUUGCUGCAGCAGCUGUUUACUCGGCUCGUUGUAUACUCAAUAGGAUUCAAUAUUGGAAUCAAUAUCUGCAGAACCUAGCUGGUUACUGCAUAGAACAAAUCAAAGAUUGCGCGAAGCUAUUAGUGAGGAUAUACGCAAGUGCAGCAGAUGUUAAAACCAAAUCAGUGUACAACAAAUUCUCAAGUCCUAGGAAAGGUCACAUUGCUCUUUUACCACAGCCGCGUAACAUCGAAGAAAGAUUGUAGAAGCUUCUUUGUUUUGUUGGUAUUUUUGAAAACGAUUCUUUGUAGCCGUUUGCUUGAAGCUAGAUCAUUUAACGUAUGUUAAGAUGAACGGUGAGUUUGUACAAGCUCCGAAGUAUAACUUUUGUAAAAUUUGUUGCGUCUGACCGUG